CUCAUCCUUUUUUUUUACAACAGUAUUAUUUCCACUAAUACCCACUACUACAACACGGACUACACGGGGACGCCGCCCCGCCCGUUAUAAGACAAUUUUUAACGCGUCUAAAUUCUCAACGCGGUUCGCAUGGAUGCACGGUGCGUGUCUUUUUCUUCUGAUUUUGUUUCAAAAAUUUCGACAAGACACCUGUUCUACUUGUUUACGUGAAUUUAGAUCCAAGGAUCAUCGUAGAAUUGUGCUGCUCUAAUUUGCAACGCAAUAAGUGUGAAUGCUAAAAACAAAAAAAACAAAUUCAUUAAGAAUUCAAAAGUGAUUUGAAAAAAUGUCUGUAUUAGACGAUCAAGAAUUGUACAAGAAUAAUACGUAUUUCGUGAAGCACGAACCCGGCGAUUUCACACCCUUCUACGUUGCCAUCACCAUCUGUUCUGUACUAGGUGGCUUUCUCUUUAUCCUGAACAUUUUUUUCUGCUGGUGUUCGCCAUAUCGUCAAUAUUGGCAGGAUCGUCAUACCGGAAAUCGUUGGAUACAAUCGCUGUGGGUAUCGCUGCCUCACAAACUUCCUCCACUGGACUUGUCAGAGUUGAAGCCAUCUUCAAUUCCGCAGCAAACGCAUUAUCCAGACUCACGUUUGUAUUAUCCGCAUCCAGAAGUAACAGACGAAGAGGCUCAUUAUCCGCAUGUAGCAGCACAAAACGCGCAGGAAUAUAUGGAAUUACACAAGCGAGAAAGCGACAUUUAAAAAAAUAAGUUGCCACAAAAACCCUUUGAGUGUAAUAUUAGGGGGAAUCGAAAUUGUACAGGAAGUAAAAGAAAGAAAGACAUAAUGGCCUUACACGUUUUUUGGCCAGCGAGCGCGUGUCUUACGCUCUUCGUGAUUGGCGUUA